GAGUGCUUGUGCUGUGGAGGGAGAGGGCAACGACCUGUAGAAAAUGGCCAUGACAAGCACAUUGGCUCUCUUUAUCUCUCUGAAUCUCCUAAUCUCGACGGCCUUGGUUUCAGCUUGUGGUUCGUGCGGGGGAGGUUCGCGAGGGGGAGGUUCGCCCGGGGGAGGUUUGCCCAAUCAGCCGGCUCCCACGAGGCCAAACCGGUCUCCAACUUGCCCUAGGGAUGCCCUAAAGUUGGAUGUGUGCGCUGAUUUAUUGGGUGGGUUGGUCCACUUGGUAGUGGGCAGCGGUGCCAGGAGCAGGUGCUGCACACUGCUGAGUGGAUUGGCUGAUCUCGAUGUUGCAGUAUGCCUCUGCAUAGCGAUUCGGGCCAAUAUUUUGGGCAUUAACUUGAACAUCCCUGUGGCCCUCAGCUUGCUCGUAAAUCAGUGUGGGAGGACGCUACCUAAUGGCUUCCAAUGUGCCUAGGAAAUUUCGCUUUUCUAUUGUUCUACAAAUAUUCUACUGUUUUGAGUGUCGAACACAAGUGUCGUAUCUGAAAGUGUCUAAAGUGUCUAGUAUAUCAGCUUGAGAAACUGAGCUCGUUAGACAAGUGGUAGGGUCUAUACGUGAUACGAUAUCUCAGCUUUAUAAACUUCAUCCCAUAGAAUAAAAAGUUGGCUUUGAUAUUUGUGUCAUCCUUUCUAUGAGACAAACGUUCUACCAGCUUCUGUUUUGUGUCCUUUUGUUUUAUUUUUCUUGCAAGAGAUUAAGAGAAAUAAAGACGGUGUUGUACUUGUACCAUCCUUUCCAUCAGGAAAAAUUGAAACCUUUUCUUUAUUUCCCAAUAAGAAUGAUUAUAUGUUUGUACUUUUGCCAUCCUUUUCAUUAAGAAGAGUUGAACCUUUUUUUUUU